GAGCAGAGCUCUCAGCCGCUCUGCUCCCAAACUCUGGAACUCACUCCCACCUCACAUCCGAAAUAUUGACUCCCUCCCUCCGUUCAAAUCCUCUCUCAAAACCCACCUUUUCAGGAUAGCAUUUUCACUGUAGUUGUCAUGUUUUUUUUUUUACUUGCACUUUUAAUGGUUUUGUUACUUGUUUGCCCUUGUUUUAAAUUGUUUUAAAUUUGUAAAGUGUCCUUGAUUGACCUGAAAGGCGCUGUUAAAUAAAAUGUAUUUCUCACUGGGACAAUCUGUCGGCCAUGAGAACACACUAUAAUUGGUUCUGAGUGCUGGUCAAGACCGGAUGCUCAUCAGUAACUACUCAUAGCAAUACAAAUCGUGCUGACUUUAAUUUAUUGAGGUUUUAUUUUGAUUUUUGAGCGCCUGUUCGGUUGAUUGUUUGAGGGACCUGCACCUGCUGUUUGCACUGCACAAGGAACAAGGGGGUCGAUUGGUAGAUUGUGUGUAUUUAAACGAUGCUACUGCCCAGUUUGACCAAGAAACUGCUUUAGGUGCUUUAAGAAAUGCCCCCUUAACCCACUAUGAAAUCAUUGAGCAUCAAUGGAAAAGGGUUUUAAAGUACAUCUUAAAGUGACAGCACAAGUAGUGCUUUCUGGUUCUUUGAUAAUGUGUAUUAUUCACUCAGUCCAUUUUCAGUAUUUAUCUUAACAUGUAUGCAAUUGAGAAACCUCCAUUAUACAACCUUUUGAGAUGUGUGUGAUAACAAUAAUUCACAUACAUGUUCUCAUCAGAAUCCAUUUGUUUGAGGUUCAGUCCAGACAUUUGUGGUCUUGCUGUUACGUUGCCGUACCUUAUGUUGAAAUGUCUUAUAACAAAUUGGUUUAUUCUUUUAUAGUUUCCUUCAAAUUAUGAAAUGUCUAUUUUUCUAUUUCACAUCUCUUGUUUUUGUAAUACAUCAUAGAAUGUCUUAUUUAUUGAAUUUCAGUUUAUUAAAAAAUAUACACGGAAUGCUGGUUCUAAUUGAAAUGCAGAUCACGGCCACCAGAUGGCGCUGUUGACAUCGCUGAUAGGGAACUUUCUGGUGCACGAUAAAUGAGAACUUGUUCGCCAUUCAUAGACAUUCCACUUGCUUGAGAUCCCUAGUUUUUAUUCAUGAGCUCCAUCGGCGUGAUCUCAUCACGACUUGCAAAUUUGAAGACAAGGAGUCCACACACUGUCCUCAUUGGUAAUCCUGCUUUUAGUCUAAGCCUCGGGAUUGAGAUCUAAAACGAUUAAAAACUUCAAGAUUCGAAGAGCGAUCAUUUACCACAAAAACUAGUUUCGAUUCACACACUUUAAAGGACCUCUUAUCUAGUCGAGCGUAUCUGUUAUAUUAUGUUUUGGUUAGGAGCGUCGACCGUUUCCACUGGCAACAGGACUCCUGCUCUGAACCAGACACUCAACUCUGACAACUCUGGAUGCGGGGCUUCCCACUUUUUGGAAAAAGUUUAAUCGAAUAAAUAGCGAUUUGACUAGUUAGGGACUACAAGUUACGCAACCGCGAACAAUUAUCCAUGGAAUCAAGUGUGCUUAUUGUGAAUGUGGCGGUGUUGUGGUCGCGGUUGCUGUGUAGUGGGGCUAUUGAGUUACACUGAUGGGGCUAUGGUUUUGAGUUGCUGUUAUGUCGCGUAUGGCAUUCACUAUCCGAUGUUGGGCCGCUGUAACCAGCGAGAACCCUGUUUAACAUCUUAUUUGAUGUGAGGUAUGAGCGCAAUUAGAUGAUAGUCGAUGUAUGCUUUAAGUGCAUGAAUCGCACCGCCAAGACGCACACCCGAAACAAGCAGAGGUCAACGACAAUGGAUCCCCGAUGGUAGCCUCACUCUAAAGAUUUGGAGAGGGAGACAAAAAAAGAGAGAGAGAGACAUUGACCACGUUAGGGGGCUCACUGCUCCAUCAUGGCCGCGGAGGUUCCUCCUAGAAACGGGGUGUCUGCGCUGUGCAGGGACGGGGACCAGCUCCUCGGGUCGGGCCGUGUGGCCGAGGCCACCAUCCGCUACACCUCCGCCUUCAAGACCCACGCCUCCUCCACCGUGGCCCACAUGCGGACCCUGGAGAAACCGGGCUUGGCGGCGGUGGUCUCCACCCUGGAGGGCUGGCUGGACGGCCGGGGAGACCCCCCUCCCGACGGGAGCGGGUCCCCGGCCGGUAAGGGUCUGGCGGCCGUGUUCCUGUCCACGCUCAGCCCCAACAACCUGUCCGCCACCAUCUUCAAGAUGGAGUCCCUCCUCCAGAGCGGGGGUCACGGCUGCGACGAGAUCUACGCCCGCUGCACCGCCCUGCUCGCGGGCCGGCGGAGCCCCCGUCCGGAGGGCAGUGCCCGGGCGCUGCUGGGGCUGACCCGCGCCCUGGCCUCCCUUCGCUCUGACCCGCAGGACGCCCGCUGGCUCCGCCUCUACCUCCAGGCCCACGGGGAGAACCCGUCGGAGGCGGUGGCGCUGGUCAGGCGGCGCCAGGCCCACCACCUCCCCAGGAUCGUCGAGGCCUUCGGCGGCGUUCUCUCACGGCGAUACGCGUCCUCCGUCGGGCCUGACGGAGACGGGUCUACGCCGGGGGCCGGCGAGGACCACGACGGUGACCUGGACGCAGCCGACCUGUCCAAGUUCCUCCACUUCCUGCUGGCGGUUACCCCCGGCGACAGAGGGGUGCUGGAGCAGCAGGCCUCCCAUCUGUUGUUCACGGGUCUGUACGCCGAGAGCGCCGAGGCGUACUCCGCCCUCUUGGACGGCGUGCCCGCGGAGCCAAAGGACGCGGGUUCGAACCCCGAGGGGAGCGAGCCGGGACCCGACGCCGAGACGCAGGCCAGGCUCUUCACGGGUCGGGCGGCGGCCCGCUUCUCGGCGGGGGGCCGGGCGGCGGAGGCGUGCGGCGACCUGGGCGCGGCCUUCGAGCUCCACCCGGCCUCCGCCCGCCGACACUUCCGCAAGUCCUUCGCCGGGGGGGGCGCCGGCCUGGCCGCCCGCCAGCACCUCCGCCAGCAGGCGGACCGGGGGCUGCUGGCCUACCGGGAGAGGGUCCUGCUCCGGGCGGACCUGCGCUCGGACGAGGGGGCCGACCUGCUGGACCCCGCCGUCACCCACCUCCGGACCCUGUGCCGGCUGGAGCCCGGCGGCGGCGAGCGGGAGCUGCGCGUGCGCCUGGCCGAGUGCCUCCUGCUCCGGGGCGAGCACCGGGAGGCGCUGUCCAUCUGCAGCCAGCUGGCGGCCCCGGCCCCCGGCGCCCCCCACAGCUACCAGAACACGGUGCGCGUGCUGCGCGGCUACGCCAGGGUGCUGGCGGACGACCGCCCGGGGGCGGCGGAGGACUUCCAGGCGGUGAUCGAGCACGGCGCCCCGCACCCGUGCAGCUGCGUGCGGGCGCUGUGCGGCCGGGGGCUGCUGCGCAUGGCGGCCGGCCGCCGCUACCUGGCGGCGCUGGACUACGUGACGGCCAGCCGGCUGCAGCCCCAGGAGGCGGGGCUGACGCUGCGCUGCCUGGUGCCCUGGAACAGCCGGGGGCUGCUGCUGGCGCUGCUGCUGGAGCAGGGGAGGGUGAUGCUGGAGGGCCGGGGGGGCGGCGGCGGGCCCCGGGGGGAGAGCCUGCAGCCCGGCAAGCUCCUGAAGGAGGGGGAGCCUCCUCCACUCAUACGGGCCCCCACCAAGAGAGACGAGCACAGAGAAGGCACCCCGGGCGGCGUCCACUGUCUGGCUGUGCUGCUGAUGGAGCUGCAGCCCGGGACGGACGGGCCCCAGAUCCUGGCGGCGGACGCCCUGUACCAGCUGGGCCGCGCGGAGGAGGCCCACCGGCUGCUGCUGGCCCUGGGGACGGCGGCGGGCCCCAGGGGCCCGGUCCUGGCCCGCCUGGCCCUGCUGCAGCUGAACAGGGGCUUCAUGUACGACGCCAACCAGCUGCUGAAGAAGCUGAUCCAGUGUGGGGACACCAGCUGCCUGCGGCCCCUGCUGGCGCUGGCACGCCCCAAAGACAAGGAGCUGCUGCAGGCCCACUGCCACACCGCCUCCCAGCGCGUCUUGGUGGGCACCACUACCUCCGCCGCCACCAACACCUCCACCUCCACCUCCACCAACCCUAACCCCGACACCAACCCCAACACCGUGAAGGAGGAGGGGGUUCUCCGUGAGGCCGUCGCCUAUCUCUCCAUCGCCAUCAUGGCCUCCGGGGGGGCGGCGGCCGACUCUCUGCUGGAGAGAGCCCGCUGUUACGCUCUGCUCGGCCAGCGAAAGACGGCCAUCUACGACUUCAGCGCCAUCCUCAAGGAGCGGCCGGACCACGUGCACGCCCUCUGUGGGCGGGGCUUCACCUACCUGACCCUGGACCAGCGAAAGGAGUGCACUGAAGACAUCCUGUCAGCCCUCCGGCUCAACGUCGACGCCGUCACCAAAGACAUCCUGUCGCUGAAGGACAAGGCCCGGACACUGGUCUGUGAGUGGUUGGAGCAGUACUGCCGGACCAAUCAGCUGCAGAGCUUGGUCGCCAAGGCGGUGCCCUGCCAGGAGGAUCAGCUGAGGGAGGCCUUCUUGAUCAGCGGAGCUCUGCUGAGGGUGGACUGCAGGAACCCCCGGUGGCACCUCCUCUACGUUGAUGCACUCCUAGCCAAAGGUGAGGUGAAGGCGGCGGGAGCUCACCUGAGCCAGGUGUUUGGCCAGGAGCCGCGGGAGGCCGUGGCCCAGGCCCGGCUGGGCGUGGUGGAGGCGUGGCAGCAGGACUACCAGGGCGCGGCUCAGAGGCUCAGCACACUGGCCGAGAAGGACCCCUCCAUCCUGGGCUUCCUGCUCAGCCUGCUCCCCCUCAGCCACAGGAGACGCGUGACGCAGGCUGCUGCUCAGGAGGCCGGCCGUCUGUCCUCCGCUGGCAGCUGGUCCAGCACCCUCCCCCUGCUGACCGUGGCGGUCCAGGCCGCCGCCGCCGCCGCCAGCCCCCGGAGGCUCCAGUACCUGCGGCAGCGGGCCGCCUGCCUGGCCCGGCUGGGCCUCCACGAGCGCGCCGUGGCCGACCUGGACGGCGUGAUCCGUAACCACGCCAACGGCUCCGGAGCCCCGAAGGCGGCGGCGGCGGCGGCGGCGGCGGCGGCGGCGGCGGAGGAGGGGGAGGAGGAGGGGGAGGAGGAGAGGGGCGCCCGGGCUGAGGACCUCUGCAGGCGGGGCCGCAGCCUCCUGCUGAGCCGCAGAGAGGGCCCCGCGCUGGACGACUUCUCCCGGGCCCUGGCGCUCCACCGGGCCCGGGCGGUGCGGUGCGCCGAGGCCGGCGUGGGCCGGGGCCCGCUGGGGGAGUGCUUCCUGCGGGGGGCGCUGCGGCGCUACGGGGAGCAGCGGCUCGGCGAGGCCUGGAGGCUGGUGGAGGACGGGCUGGUCCUGGACGGGGACAACGCAGGGCUGCGGCGGCUCAGGGCCAGGGUGAAGCGGGAGGCGGGCGGCCCCUGUAACGUCAGCUAGUGGCGGGGGGGAGGGGGGCCCUGUAACGUUAGCUAGUGGCGGGGGGAGGGGGGCCCUGUAACGUCAGCUAGU